CGGUUUCUAAAAUCUCCUUCCUCUUCCCCUCUUCAUCUCUCUCUCUCUCUCUCUCUCUCUCGGGAACACAAACAUACUCAAAAAUAGAAAAUGUCAGCAUCAAUGGCAAUACAACCCAAAAUCAAAUCUUCUCUGAAACCUGUAAAUCUCACUUCACAAACCCUUUUUCUAAAACCUCUUAAAAUUAGUACCCCUUUCAUUUCUUUCCAACCCAAAUCCUCCUAUUUGAGCAUACACUCUCCCGCUACUACUCUCAAAACAAUUCAAGACUUACCAAAACUAAAACUUUCAGCUUCAGCUGCUGACUCUAUUCUCUCUCAAGAAGUGUCACCCACUCAUAAAGAGAAGCUUGGAGUGGUGGUGAAGCCAAUGGAGAAACCGAGAAUAGUGUUGAAGCUGACUUGGAUGGAAAAAGCAAUUGGAGUUGGAUUAGACCAAGUGAUACCAGGUUUUGGCACAAUCCCUCUGAGUCCUUACUACUUUUGGCCUAAGGAAGAUGCCUGGCAACACCUUAAGGUGUUGCUUGAAAGCAAACCAUGGAUAUCCCAGAAGCAAAUGCAUAUUCUUCUCAAUCAGGCUACUGAUAUCAUUAACCUCUGGCAAGAUAGUGGUUGCAAUUCUUUGUAAGUUACAUAUAGGAAAGGAGUUUUGGGAAGUUAGCGUAUAUUGAAAAGGUUAGGACAUAGGUCUGCUUUGUGAUUUUGGAGUUGUUUUGACCGCUUGCAACCUCUUUUUAUUGAGAUUAAAUGAAAAAUCUGAUUUAUCCAUUUGAUGAUUGCGUCUUGUGUUGUGUAGUUCGAGUUCAUUUUUGAAGAACUCUUCUUGAUGAUUGAUAUGUUUAUCCUGGUGCUGAAACUUUAGCUUACAAAGUUUUAGGGGUAUAACCUAUUUGAGUGGCACUUACCAAAAAAAAGAAGAAAAAAAGCCUAUUUUGAGUGGGAUAUGAUAGGUGUUUACACUUCUUUUCCUAUCAAUAAUAUACAAUGUAGUCUGUCGUUGCAUCA